GGAGCGGUGCGGGCGCGGAGCCGAGCGAGGCGCGGAGCUGGCUACUGGCGGCUGCGGGGACCCUCGCCACCCGGCCUGCGAGAGCGGGAUGGGACGCCGCCCGCGGGGACCUGGAUCCUCCCGGGGACCUGGUCCUCCACGCCCGGAGCCCGGGCUGCCGCCACUGCUGCUUGUGCUGGCGCUGGCGGCCCAUGGGGGCUGCGCAGCGCCCGCGCCCCGCGCGGAGGACCUCAGCCUCGGGGUGGAGUGGCUAAGCAGGUUUGGCUACCUGCCGCCUGCAGACCCGGCAACAGGGCAGCUCCAGACACAGGAGGAACUGUCCAAAGCUAUCACUGCCAUGCAGCAGUUUGGUGGUCUGGAGACCACUGGUAUCCUAGAUGAGGCCACUCUGGCCCUGAUGAAGACCCCUCGAUGCUCCCUUCCGGACCUGCCCCCCGGGGCCCAAUCGAGAAGGAAGCGUCAGACUCCACCACCAACCAAAUGGAGCAAGAGGAACCUUUCAUGGAGGGUCCGGACAUUCCCACGGGACUCACCCCUGGGCCGGGAUACCGUGCGUGCACUCAUGUACUACGCCCUCAAAGUCUGGAGUGACAUCACACCCUUGAACUUCCACGAGGUAGCGGGCAACACGGCAGAUAUCCAGAUCGACUUCUCCAAGGCUGACCACAAUGAUGGCUACCCCUUCGAUGGCCCUGGUGGCACAGUGGCCCACGCAUUCUUCCCUGGUGACCACCACACGGCAGGAGACACCCACUUUGAUGAUGAUGAGUCAUGGACCUUCCGUUCCUCAGAUGCCCAUGGGAUGGACCUGUUUGCAGUGGCUGUCCAUGAGUUUGGUCAUGCCAUUGGUCUGAGCCACGUUGCUGCCCCAAGCUCCAUCAUGCAACCGUACUACCAGGGCCCCGUGGGUGACCCGCUACGCUAUGGGCUUCCCUACGAGGACAGGGUGCGUGUCUGGCAGUUGUACGGUGUGCGGGAAUCCGUGUCCCCUACUGCCCAGCUGGAUAACCCAGAGCCCGAGGAACCACCCCUCCUGCCAGAGCCCCCCAACAAUCGGUCUAGCACUCCGCCCCAGAAGGAUGUGCCUCACAGGUGCACUGCCCACUUUGAUGCUGUGGCCCAGAUUCGUGGCGAAGCUUUCUUCUUCAAAGGCAAGUAUUUCUGGCGGCUGACCCGGGACCGACACUUGGUGUCCCUGCAGCCGGCUCAAAUGCAUCGCUUCUGGCGGGGACUGCCGCUGCACCUGGACAGCGUGGACGCCGUGUACGAGCGUACCAGUGACCACAAGAUUGUCUUCUUCAAAGGUGAGUGA